AUGUGUGCUGCUGUUCGAGCAGCUACUGCUUCAAAUGCUCGUAUCUUGUCUUCAUUAAAACCACCUCCAAAUGUAGUUGUCGUUGGUGGUACAUCAGGUAUUGGUCGAGCAAUAGCUCUUUCAGUAGCUCGUCAUUGUCCAUCGGCUGAUAUUACUAUUAUCGGACGAAAUGAAUCUGCUGCUAAUUCUAUUCUAUCACAAUUAGGUUCAAGUUCCAAAUUUCUUCGUGCCGAUGUUUCACUUCUGUCAGAAAUUCGAGCCGUAACAAAAAAGAUCAAUAAAGUAGACAUGCUGAUAUUAACACAAGGCAUUUUAACAAUGGCAGGUCGAACACCAACAACGGAAAAUAUUGACAAUAAAUUGGCUUUACAUUACUACGGUCGUGUUUUAUUCGUACAAGAACUUCUUCCACUACUUCGUUUGUCGUCCAAUGGAAGCAAAGUUCUAUUCGUAUUGGACAGUGUCAAUGGCAAUCCGUCGAAAAUAAAUUGGAAUGAUAUGGCACUUGAAAAUUCCUAUUCUCUUUCUUCAGCUGCUCAACAUGCGACGUCAUUCACUGAUCAUGUCAUACAAUAUUUUGCUUUGCAACCAGAAAAUAGAAAUAUAACAUUUACUCACGCAUUGCCAGGAUUUGUUCGUACGCCAAUUAUUGAUAGUUUACCAUUUUGGGCUCGAUUACCAUUAAAAUGUAGCUUAGCCUUAGGUUUAGGUGUCAGUCCAGAAGAUUGUGCCGAACUAAUGAUUUAUGGAAUGUUUGGAACAGAGAAAGGCUAUCGAUAUGUUGAUGAUAAGGGUGAAACAGUCAACAAAAAGCAUCCAAUACAAGAAGACAUGGUAACAAAAGUUUGGGAACACACAUCUCGAAUGAUUUCUUCGAAUUAA